AUGGCUAUCCGUACUCGCGCCGGCAGGAGGAAGGAGGAAGCUAGCGAGCUCGCGCGGACAACAGUACAGUCAUCGCCAGCGGAGUCGAAUGAACACAGCGCCGCCGCAAGGGAACUAGCAGAGGCGUUACCGCACGUCGGCAGGGACUACUGGACCUUUCCGGAAGGAGUUCGAGUGGAAGAUGACGAUGAAUUGGGAGAGCGAGUAGAAGAAGCGCGAGCGCAUCUGCUCCUACACAUCGACCCUAUACUGCUUAAGCAGUUCAAGGAGGGCUACGAAAAAGACGCAUACUUCAGAGAACGUUAUGCGGAGAGCGCGGACUCUCCCUCUAAGGCGCUCACGCCAUCACACUUCCGGAGAAGUUCGAACGGACUGCUGUACUUCUUUAACGCCGACUGGGAAGCUAGGCUAUGCGUGCCCCGCUCCAUGGUCAACUUCGUGCUUACUUGGAUUCACGAGGCGCGCGACGAAAGCGCGCACGGAGGG